CGAAUCCUCUACAUUUGAAGGGUCAUCAAUGUCAAUCUCCUCUGAUUUUUGAAAAGAUCAGAUAGAGAUAGAGAGAGAGAUAUGGAAUUGCUCUAUCUCCUCGGUUCAAUCAUCUACACUUCAAUCACUUCCAUCUUCUUCUCUCUUCUCCUCCCGUUUCGUUUCCUUCUCCACCGUCUCCUUCCUUCACGCGCCGCCGUCGAUCCUAAUGUCUCCUUUUACGAAGGCACCGUCUGGCACGACCGUCUCCGUCCUGUCCGCCACUCGUUCCGUUAUUCCGUUCGUUACGCACUCUUCGACCUUGAUAAAGCUAUUACCACGCCGCCGGAUCAUCUCUCCGCCGAUGAAGCUCGCCGUGUUUCUCAUACCACCGGGCCAAUAUAUCUAUUGACAAUACCACCAAGCGUUGGAUAUGAACAAAACCCAUUGAGUUUGUAUUAUUGCUAUGACUUGGAAGAGUCAAGUAAGCGCUUAAGUAAAUGCAUUGCUCAGGUUACAAAUACGCCGUGGGGGGAACGAGUGACAUUUGUAUUCGACCCUGAAUCUGACUUGGUUGCUAAAUCGUUACAAGUCAGUCCUUUCAUGGAUAUGCUUGGGAAUUGGAAAAUCAGAGCUAAUGAACCUGGAGAUGAUUUAUCUGUCUCCAUUGAAUCGCAACAUCCUCAUCUCGGUAACUAUUUCUCAGCGACAUUAAAGGCGAAAAGGAUACCCCUAAUGCGGGUGUCUGAUCCCGCUGUUUUCUUCUGGUUGAUGCCUCAUAAGGUUGCGAUAUGGAUUUAUUGGCAUGCACUUAAACUCUGGUGGAAGAGUGUACCUUUCAUUCAACACCCGAGAUACUCAAACCCAUCAUACAGGGAGGAAGCAGCGAAACGCGAUCAAGAACUUCGUUGCCCUAGGUUAGAUGGGUCAGAUUCCGAUAAAACCAUCAAAUUUGAUGGGUUAAAAGCAGAUGGUUGUAGUUUUGAAGGAUGUCGCUUUGCGUGGCGAGAUGCUAACUGGCCUUGGUCAUGAAUAUUGAAUACAUACACUCUGAAGGGGAUAGCAGAUCGUCAAGAGUUCGGAAUUUACGAUCAUUUAUCCAAUGGUAUGAUUUGUAUAAAUCAUUGACUUGUUUAGAUUUUGGAUUUUAAACAAGUGAACCUUGUUGACAAAUAGAAAACAAACUUUGCAUUUGGAUUGAUUUGUUUGUAAUAAUUCUCAUCUCCAAAAAUCCUAAUCUUUGUUUGUUGAUAAGUUUUCGAUGUGAC